AUGAAAAGCUUCUCUCUGAAUUUGAAGAAGCCGUCGAAACCGCCGCCGACCGGGUCUUCUGCGGGCGCUCCGGUAGGGUCCGCUGCCUCCGUUUCGGCGCUUUUCCAGGCUUCUCUGGAUGCGGAGGAGGCGACCGCCCAGGCAGCCGAGAAGAGGGGCGUUCUUCAGUCUGUGCGUCUCGCUUCGGGCCCCGAUCGACGCCACAAGAUUCAACAAGAAAAGGCGCUGGCUGAGGACUCCACGGUCUUCACCUACGACGAGAUCUUUGAGAGCGUCAGCUCGGCUGCCACGAAGGACAAGGCGAAGCAGAGCCCGAGAAUCUUCCUCGGAUAUAAGACGGGACUCGAAGAGCAGCGAGAGACCGAACAGGGACAAGCGGAGCCUCUCUCCAGCGAACAUGCCGAUCCAGGCUGCGGAGAUGACGCGGAGGCGCUGCCGCACGACGACGCCGACGCAGGCGGUUCCACUGCGGCGCGCCCGCGACCAUCGGGAGACAAAUCCUUCGAGACCUACGGAGGGACACUGAACUGUGGUUUGAAUCUGGCAGGCCAACGGGGGCGUUUAGCGAGUCUGUCGGGGAGAGAAAAGCGAGAGAAGUCUACGGGUGGAGACGCAGAGGGCGGCGUCAAGCAGAGUCUGCCUGCCUCGCGUUUCAUCUCGAAGCUGGUUUUGAGUGCUCGGAGGCGAGCCCUGGAGCGUGAAAUUGUUGAAGAGCGACAGCUGCAGAAGGAGCGCGAGGGGGACAAGAACGAUGAAGUGUUUGUGACUUCUGCGUACAAGCAGCGGCUGGAGGAGCGGCGCUUGCUGGCUCUUGAACUGGAGGAACAGGAGCGGCGAGACCGCGAAAACGCGCCAGAUAAACAGAGCGAUUUGUCGUCUUUCCACGCCCAUCUCCUUCGCGCGGGGCACGCCAGUCGCAGCGGCGGCGGAGUCGAGAGAACUCCGAAUACAGGCCGGCCCUCCAGUGGCGGCGGGAGAGAGAGCGAGGAAGGGGAGAGAGCAAAGGCAACUGGAGAGCAGGGAACGCAGGUGAAGAAGGAGAGAAUGAAGGUGGAGCGGACGGAGGAGAGUUCAGAAGACAGGGGCGAGCAGAAAGGGGGAAGUCCGAGAGACGCUGGAGCGGGGGUGGACUGUGCGGGAGAGACAAAGCCGGAGAGAGAAGCGGAAGACAGUGGCAAGAAGGGUGCACGACUUACCCAGGGAGAAGGAACCAGAGGGGAGGAGGCGAGUGGUGAGGGACGCCGUGGAGGCGGCCUGGCAGAGGCGGAGAGAGGGGAGAGGAAAGAGGGAGAAGAUGGUGGCGCGAGAGGCGAAGAUACAGAAGAGGACGCAAAACAGAAAAGAGCGCGGCUGGAGGAUCUGCUGCAACAGAGGAAGAGAGAGAAGCAACGCGAACUCGAGAAGGCAGCCGCGCCUCUUGGCGAGGAGAAGCUCGCCGAAGCAAAGCGGAGGUACCUGGAAAGGAAGCGGAAAGCUGCGGGGGGUGGGUAA